GCCUAACCAGCUGACUGUGCCACUUAAGACUCAAUUUUAGGCACAUUUUACAGCAUGCAUUCUUUGCAUUCCUAGCUCACAACAGUUAAAUAGAUUGCUGGAAGUGCAUGGUUUCAACAGAAAGUUUCCAUUGCUUUUUACUUCAUAACCAUGACUACAGUGUUACAAAGACAGCAGGAACCUUCAGAGUAAGUGGAUCACAAGUACGCCUACAGGGACUAGUAUGCAGAUAGGGCAUGGGACAGUGGAGUGAUGUCACCUUUGCAGAUAUGAGCACCGAGUGGUUUAAGCAUUUGGUCCACACUCUUAAACUUUGAAGAAUUUGUCCAUGCUGUUGAUGAAUUGAACAGUCGAAUACACGUGAAUGUAGCUUUUACGCUACAUUGGAAUUGCACACUAUGCAUCAACUAUUUAUCGUGGUGCUAGGGCAGAGGGAUUUAUCUCGUGCAGGAGAUCUUUUCUCGCUGGAAGAUACUGAAAUUGAAGAUUGUCUGUCAGAAGCUCUUGAGCAAAUAAAGGAAAUAUCUUCUUCACCAGACUAUCUGAAGAAUGUCAAUGAUCAGGCAGUGGUAGAAAUCUGCAUUACUCGAAUCACCACUGCAAUAAGGAAAACAAAAUCUAUUGAGAAGCAUGGGAAGGCUCUUGUAACAUUGUGGGAAUCAUGCUUAGAACAUAAUCUGAAACCAGUCAGCAAGGAUGAAGAUACUCCGCAUGCUAAAAUUGUUUCUGAUAUAAUGAGUUGCAUCUUUCAAAAUUACAGUAAUCCAGCUGUAAUGGCUCUUGCUGUUCCUGUAGCAGUAAAGUUCCUGCAGAUGGACAACAAGGAACUCGCCCGAAACAUGUCAAACUACUUAGCACUUGCAGCUAUUGGCAAACCAGAAAUUCUUGCAAAGCACACAGUGACCAUUGUAAACAGUAUUCUUCAAGGGAAUUCUCUGUUGCUCCGUGUUUUACCUUCAGUAUACGAGAAGCAGCCUGAGCCAAUUAACUGCCACAUUACAGAGCUCAUCCAACUGAUGUCGCAACUGGAGCCAUCUGAGCAGCAGCACCUUCUCCGCCUUCUACAAGUAAUUACCAAGCAAUGUCCUCAGCUCCAUCACCAUCCAGAGUGCACUUUCCAAUCAAUCACCAUUAUCUUCUCAUGCAGUACAACAUGUGGUUCCCCUUUACAUUGCACUUCAGAUCGUAGUAAGGAGAGGCUAAAGAUGAUAGCAAAUACUCCGGCCAGUUGGUACAUGCAAGAUCUGAGUGCAUCGUUGGGGACUCCAUCUGGGCCUGUCGCUUUCCAUGGAUUCCUUCUCAAAAUGUCCAAGCUGAUGGCUGUAGCAGUGACUGAGGGAACAGAACCAUCCAAGGCUGUUAGGGCAGAUCCCAAAGGGAAAGCUCUGAGGCAGUGUGGAAGCAGCUGCACAAGCAUCUCUGAGACAGCUCUGGAGGAAACCAGCUGCAAGAGGAAUGGCGUCUCUGAGGCAGCUCUGGAGGAGACCAGCCACAAGAGGAAAGGCAUCUCUGAGGCAGCUCUGGAGGAGACCAGCCGCAAGAGAAAUGGCAUCUCUGAGGCAGCUCUGGAGGAGACCAGCUGCAAGAGAAAUGGCGUCUCUGAGGCAGCUCUGGAGGUGGUCCCAAAGCUGGAAAAGGCAAGGAGCUGUCUGGUUUAUCUGGUGACCCAGCUGGCAAAUAUGGAACACUGUUUUCAUCACAUCUUGCUCCUGGAGAUUAAAAACAUCACUGACACAUUUGGCAACAUUCUAGGUGCUCAGAGCAAGGACAUUUAUUGCAUGAGUAACAGUUUUACUGCAAUUGCCAAACUUCUUGUCAAACAUCUUGAGAAAGACAUUGCUGCAACAGUGAGAUCGCAAAUACUAUGGCCAAGUAGAGUUACUGAACAGUUAAGGAAAGUCCCUCCCCAUUUUGCAGAGAGAAAUGUAACAGAGACCCAUACGGAGAAGGAAGCUGCUGCAGACUGCUACAAUAAUGAAGCUAUGAUCAAUGAAAAUCCAGGAGCUCAGACACUCCAGAUAAAAAGACAGGCAUUUGAGCGAAAGAUGACUCAUGAGGGCACUAAUGCCAGCCGUGUUCGCCGGCAUAGCUUAGGACAAGCAUCAAGAGAAGAAUGGAAAGCAAUGCGAUUUAACAGGUCGAAAAGUCUUGCUCUUCAUGUAAUGUAUACAAAGUCAAUAAGCUCUGAAAAUGAGGAAGGUGAGAAUGGAAACAUUAAGACUGACAUCACAUUUUCAGACAGAUCACUCAGUGAAGGAAGCGUUAAACAACUUUUGGGUCCAGAACUUGAUGAACAUAAACAUCGGUUACUCUCUCUUUCUGAUUUUGAUAUUACUGCAAAGGAAACGAGAAAUUCCUGUGGUAUCUUCAAUGGUACCUAUCAGAAAACUAAUACGGAAAGUCUAAAACGUAGCAUGGAAGAACAGGAUCAGCUCUAUAUGCGUUUGAAAGCUUGUAUUGAUGAAGUGAAGGCAUUUUAUUUUGAAAUAGUGAAGAGGAUCCCUGUCCCAGAUCAAUGUAUUAUUGAAGAUUCCAUUCGGAGAUGUGUAGCUAAAUUGCUGUUCAGUUGCCCGCAAAAAGGUUUUUACUGCCUGUACAGCAAAUCCAGUUUCACCCUCAACAGUGAACAGCCCCAACUCUGGAUCUACAUUAUGUUCCUGUUCCAACAGAGCUGUUCAGCAAAUCCUUUGUCCUCCCAUGAUGAAUCAGUACAAAUUCUUAAAGCACUGUGGGAGAAGACACAGCUGAAGGGCACACACAGCUUUGAAACAGCGAUGAUUCAGGCAAUUAAUUAUAAAAAGGAUCUGGACAGACUGCAGAUGCAUCUUGAGGACGUCAGGUUUUUUGACUUGUUUGGUUACAGUGAGAAAGCAGGAGUCUGGCAGUGCUUCAUGUGCAACAAUCCUGAGAAAGCAACAGGUAUAAACCAGGAUGGUCAACCACUCAUCGAAGGCAAGCUCAAAGAAAAACAAGUGAGAUGGAAAUUCAUAAAGAGAUGGAAGACCCGCUAUUUCACACUGGCUGGGAAUCAGCUUCUAUUUUGCAAAGGAAAAUCAAAAGAUGAUCCAGAUGAUUGUCCAAUUGAACUGAGCAAGGUACAAAGUGUAAAGGUUAUCACUAAAAAGCGGAGAGACCGUAGCCUUCCUCGAGCCUUUGAAAUCUUCACAGACAACAAGACAUAUGUCUUCAAAGCAAGAGAUGAGAAGAAUGCAGAGGAGUGGUUACAGUGUAUCAAUGUUGCAGUGGCUCAGGCAAAACAAAGAGAAAGCAGAGAGGCAACAACAUACCUAUGAACAAAUCUGACUCACAUUGGACAAAUGGAUGGCUGGCAAUGAAAUAACUAUCAAGAUUUACCAGAUGUUCCUGAAACCCUACUGCAGAUUUAUCAGAUCUUCCUGAUCCACCUGAAAGGCAGUGAAUCCCCCAGUAAUACAUUGUAAACAAGAUCCAGCAGUGUAUCUGAACUAAGCUGCAACAACCCCAAGGAAAUUCCCCAGCAACUUCAGCUUAGUUUAUUUGAUGAACUACAAUUCAGAAAUUUGUGAAUUGAAGACUCACUGAAGAGUUAUUCAGAUAAUUUGUGUUGCCACUUGAGAACUGAAAUAUAAUCUUCUCCAUAAGUUGUUAAGUGAGGUCUGCGCUCAGGUGGGUUCAAAUUUGAAGAAGUCUGACUUCUGAAAUAUGACAAUAUUAUAAUCCCAAAGGGGAAGUUAUCCAAGCAAAUCUCGUGAUUCAUCCAUUGCUUUCUUGUUGAUAGUUUUUAUUCCAUGUAAAUUGGCUACAAUAGAUGUGAUUCACUUCAAAAUAGUACUCCAGUUACUAAAUGAUUUGGGGAAAAUUGAAAUUAUGGUAUAGUAGUAGAUAAGUUCUAACUAAUAGGGUUCUCUUCUUUAAAUGGUAGAAUUUGAAAUGGGCUUCUCAAAAACAUAUGAUAAACAAUUUAAGGAGAGAAGAUCACUAUUGUAUAUAGUUCAGAUACGUUUUAUUGCAAUUAUAUUUCUGUCAAGAGAGUUGGGUGUGGUGCCAUAGUUGCAGUAAAUGUAAAUCUUUGAUAUACUGAAACAAGUCUUUUUUUCUUUCUCAUUCCUGAUAGUUGUCCACUAUUCUCAUAGCUACAAGCCUAGCUGAGAGCAAAACAAAAUCCUUAAUAAUGAAGGAGAGGUCAACAGCCAAAGUUAGGAUAUAAACUUGUAUUUUGUUGUCUGAUUCAGUUUCAUUAAAUAGCAGAGUAUAACCCUGCUGUUUCCCAGGAACUCAAUAUCUUCUCUAACUGCUAACAAUAUUUAUUAAAAACAUUUCAGCUUAAACCAUGUGAAGCUGAAAAUCACCUGAUAUAAAGCUACUGGGACACCUUGAGUACUUUUAUUAUUAUCAUAUUAUGGUAAGAAGAAUUAAAAAGUUAUUAAUAAAUGUGUAUUUCACCUUCACUUAAUUUUAAGUAAGUUUAUUUUUAUCUAUAACUUCCAUUCUGUGUUUUGAAUGGCUUAAUAGUUGGAUGCAUCCCCUGGCACAGGUAGUUCUCGUAUAAAGAAUGUUUCAGCAGCACGGUUUAGCUGUAAUAUCACUGAAGAAAUAGGCAAUGGUAUUUUAGAGAACACUUACCUCUGUUCUCAAUAGCGCGAUUCCAGCGGCGAUCUCUUCACAAGCUUUGUUCUGCGCAUGUACCGAUGUCAGCUGUUGUCAGAGCAUGUGAGAGGUACAGUACUGCACACUGAGCAACUUCAUCUCAAAAUUAAACUAAUGAAUGUUUAUUGCUCUCCUUCUGAGACAAGAAUAUUCUUGUAUAAUUCCUGUAUACUUCCUGUAGGACUGCAUUACACUUAUACAUACCAUUUGCCUUUCUAAUUUGUUCUUGUACCUCCAUAUCUCACAAUUGAAACUAACCCCCAAGAGACAGUCAGAAGACAAUCAACCACAGCCAUCCACUUCUGCAACCAAAACUGCACCUGAAGGUAGUGAUGAUGAUGACCCGCUGUCCCUGCAUUAGCAAUAUUUUUUCAAUGUAAUGUCUUAAAUUUACUUUUGUUUAAUUAAUAAAUAUGAUUUAAACCUUCAUCCAGGCUGUGUUAGGCUUUUGGGUGAAUUUUGAGCGAUUGUGAGUGAUUUUUUUUCUGGUCAGUCCCAACCCCAUUUUUCCCAUAAGCCCCAUUUUUCUCUAUUAAGCAAUAUUUUAUGAAGUGAAGUUUUGCCGGAAUGCAACUAUGGUGCUCUAGGAGAACUACCUGUUUAUUAUUGAGCUAUACUAAUCAGAAAGUCUAAAAUGCUAUGCCAUAUGUGGCUGAGCAAGCUGAACCCUAUUGAAGUUCAGCCAGAGUGCCCCUAGUGACUUCUGCUGAAAAUGUGCCUGAGGAUUUUGAGUGAGCACAGGACCUGAAUUGAUUAAAAUCAUAUAGCCAUAUACUACUGAUAAUGUCUUUCCAACUUCUCUCAUGAAUAAUGGAUAAGAUUUGGCUAAGAUAGGGCGCUUGUGCAAACAUAGAGCAGAAAUAUAGAAAUUACGGUAACCUUAAUGUUGACCGUUCUCAAUAAACAGGUCGAAUGAAAACAAGAGAUUAGAAGAUGGAGUCCAAGUGGAAGAGGAGUGUUGGAAGCAGGGAAAUGGGUCCACCAAACUAUGCACAUUUCUAAAACAAUUCUAGUAAAUUAAUAUACUAAUUUUUCUGCUAUAAAUCGUCUCCCUAAACACCUAUUUUCUACAUUAUAUGCCUCUAUGUAGACUUCAUGAAUUAAUUCACCACCAAGGUGGUAUCUAUCCAUUUUCUCCUAAAACCUCUUCCCUUAGAUGAUGUUUGUUUGUUUUCAAGGCUCUGUAACAUUUAUUUUCCAAUUUAAAAUAGGUUUUCUAAAAAUUAUAUUUUUGUACUUAAAGUUCUCCCAUUCUCUUCAAUGUUUCUAACCAAGAAGGAAAUAUUGAAGUAACCAAGCAGCACAGAGGUGGCUCAGUGGUUAGUUCUGCUGCCUGACAGCAUCAGGGAUCUGGGU